AUGCUGGACAUGCUGCGUGACCACUCCAACAACCACCACAACGAGAAGCUGGAGCUCAUCGUGAUCGUGCUGCUCAUAGUGGGGGUCUGCGUGGCACUGCUGGAGCUCGCGGGCCUGCUGGGCUGGGCCUUUUCGCCGCUGCCGCUGCUGCUUCCUGAGUCUGCGCCCUGA